ACUCACAUUCCUCAUGAACUAGCCAACCCAUUCUGAGAAAAUAAACAAUGAAUCCUACUGAUAUCAGCAUAUUAAUCAUCUUUCUUCUUCUUCCUCCUUGUUGCAUUGCCUCUGAUGCCGUUACUCCAAACCAGCCCAUUAGAGACGGCGACGUUCUUAUCUCUACCGGAAAAAAGUUCGCACUUGGCUUCUUUAGCCCAGGAAAUUCUCGCAAGCGUUAUGUUGGAGUUUGGUAUAACAAUGUUCCAAACCGAACCAUUGUCUGGGUUGCAAACAGAGACAAUCCAGUCAAUGAUACCUCUGGACUCCUAGCAGUCCAAGGAAAUGGAGGUCUUGUCAUCUACGGAAAGAACUAAAGUAACCCUCUUUGGUCCGCUAGUGUUGCUCUUUCUUCACCAAACAAUUCUAUUGCCAAGCUUUUUGAUACAGGAAAUCUUGUUUUGCUUGAGAAUGAGAGCCAAAAGGUAAUAUGGCAAGGCUUCGAUUACCCCUCAAAUACUCUCCUUCCAUAUAUGAAACUUGGAUUCAACCGGCGGUCCGGGAUGAACUGGUUACUAACAACUUGGAAGUCCUAAGAUGACCCAGGAACCGGCACCUGCUCUUUUGGGAUUAGCCCAAGUGGGUUCCCACAACUAGUUUUGCACCAAGGUGGAGCUCCCCGGUGGCGGACUCUAAUCGGAUUUUGGGCUGGGCAGAGAUGGGCGGGUACGGUGAGUUACAUCAACAAUCAAGAUGAGGUUUCCACAAUGUAUGUUCCGGCCAAUGAUUCAGCUUUAUCAAGAACUAUGCUAGCUGAAUCAGGAACCUUGGAACGGUCUACAUGGAAUGACCGAGUACAUGAAUGGAACAUGUACUGGUAUGCUCCGAUAGAGCGUUGUGAUAUUUAUGGACAGUGCGGCCCAAAUGGCAACUGCAACCCAUACAAUGUGAAUGCCAUCGAUUGCAAUUGCUUACCUGGUUAUGAACCAAAGUCACCAACUGAUUGGUACUUGAGAGAAGGAUCAGGUGGGUGCUUAAGGAGAACAGGAGUGUCAAUGUGUGGAAAUGGGGAAGGAUUUGUAAAGGUUGAGCGUGUAAAAAUACCAGACUUGUCGAAGGCAUCUUUCGACAUGAACUUGAAUUUGAAGGAAUGUGAGCAAGUGUGCUUGAGAAAUUGUUCUUGCACGGCAUACUCGAGUUCCGAUGAGGGCAGCGGAUGUGUGACUUGGCAAGGGGAUUUGAUGGACAUAAGAAAGCUUCCUGAUGCUGGUCAAGUAUUAUAUGCAAGAGUCGAUGCAAUUGUUUUAGCUCAAUAUGCGAAGAAGUCGGAUGAUUCUCUUGGCAAGAAGCAGAAAGUAGCAGUUUCGCUAGCAUCUGUUCUAGUGCUCUUUCUUGUGUUUUCUCUUUUGGUUUGGUUACUAAGGAGGAAGAGAAAAGGUAAAAGGAGACAAAAUGAAUAUCUAUUUGGACAUAGUACAGGGUCAACGUACUUGGGGCAAUCUAGUGGUAGAACAGAUGCUGAUGAAACUAGGAUUAACCCAGAUCUACCAUUCUUUGAUCUAACAACCGUAGCAGCAGCAACAAAUAAUUUCUCUAUUGAAAACAAGCUUGGAGCAGGUGGUUUUGGCUCUGUCUAUAAGGGUGUGCUUUCUAAUGGAAAGGAAAUAGCAGUCAAAAGACUAUCGCAGAAUUCAGGCCAAGGAACCGAAGAAUUCAAGAAUGAAGUUGUGUUGAUUUCAAAACUCCAACACAGGAACCUUGUCAGGAUUUUAGGUUGUUGUGUUCAAGAUGAAGAGAAGAUGAUAAUCUAUGAAUACUUGCCAAACAAAAGUUUGGACUUCUUCAUUUUUAAUGAAUCCAACAGAGUUUAUUUAGAUUGGACCAGACGCUUUGAGAUAAUUUGUGGAAUUGUUAGAGGGAUCUUGUAUCUUCAUCAAGAUUCAAGAUUAAGAAUCAUCCAUAGAGAUCUAAAGGCCAGCAAUGUUCUACUAGACGCUUCUAUGAAUCCCAAAAUUGCAGAUUUUGGUAUGGCUAGAAUAUUUAGGGGAGAUCAAAAUGAAGCAAAUACGAAUCGGGUGGUUGGAACAUAUGGUUAUAUGUCACCAGAAUAUGCAAUGCGAGGACGGUUUUCAGUAAAAUCAGAUGUAUAUAGUUUUGGGGUUUUACUACUAGAAAUCAUUACAGGCAGAAAGAACAGAGUUUAUUACCAAGAGGAAUCUCCCGACUCAAAUUUGGUCGAACAUGUUUGGAACUUGUGGCGAGAAAGUAAUGCCUUGGAAGUCGUUGAUUCAUCUCUGGGUGAAUCAUACCCCACGAAUGAAGUUCUGAGAUGUAUCCAAAUUGCUCUCUUGUGUGUGCAAGAGUAUGCAAUUGACCGGCCAACCAUGUCGGCAGUUCUUAACAUGUUAGGUAAUGAUGCAACACUUCCUUCACCUAGACAACCUGCAUUUCUAUUGCAGAGAAGUGCCACUAGUACUGGAGACUCACCAACCCAAGAUGGAGCUAAUUCUGUAAAUGAUGUGACAUGUACUAUGGUAGAAGCUCGCUAGAUAAGAGCCUGCGAUCUAUCUUAAAGGAUGAAUGUUGAUACUUUAGCCAGAGAAUAUCGAUUUUACACCUAC